AAAUCAAGCCAGCGUACUCACUGUCUCGCUGCUCCGUUUCCCAGCCGUACAACGCAGGGAUGGUCCUGGCACCAGUCUCGAAGAGAGGAAAAAACGCUUGUAACUUACAGUUCAGCACUGAUCUGGAGAUGAAGCUUCAGCUGCACGAUGAACAUUGCAAACCCCAGCUACCCACGCUGAGCUUUAACGACUCUCUGGCUGCGGAGAUCGUCCAAGGCGUGAAUAAAAUCCGCCAGUGUGGAUUUACGUGGCUCAUGCUUCAAAAUAUGUACGUGAAGCCGAGAUGUCUUAACAAGAAUACCAUCGAGAUCCCAAUAAAGUUCUCCUUGAAAGCAGCCUUUGAGACGCAGAGAGACCUCAUCAAGGACACUUAUGUCAGCUUCGUGAGGGAAGAUUCUGUGCUGUCCAUUAACAAUGUGGACUAUGCCGUGAGCAACUGUACAGAAAUGUGCUUCCCCCAUAAGCUCCCAGAAAAUAGGGACGAUG